AUCUAACUUGCGAUUCCAUUGAGUCUCGAUAUGGCUAUUUGGGCAAGAAUACUCCCUCGUCGCCCUCAUAUAUCCAAACUCUACUCCCAAAACUUUGCCCCAACUAUCAGACCGAUGGCGGCUUACUCCACGCGGCCAUCAUGGCUUAAAUCCCUCUUAGACGACACCAGUCCUGCCCCCAAGCUCUACGCCUGGACCCCAUCCAAUUUAGACAGCAAUAUCGCUGGCAAUGCCAAUGCCAGUCGAUCCGUUUCCGAGGACUUGAAUGGCCGCAUUUUUGUCCUUGGUAUCGGCAAUCUAGGUCGUCUCUAUGCUAGCUGUCUAUCCAUGCACUCUCCUCGUCCUCCAAUCACCCUUGUUGUUCACAGAAAGGAGCUUUUGUCUCAAUGGAUCCAAGGUUCUGGAAUAGAGAUUAUGCGUCUGGGGCAAGUCUAUGGCGGAAAGGAUGAGUUCCAAAUCGAGUGGUGGACCGAAGAGGCUCCUUCUCACGGCCCCGUCAGAGAGGUUGCUGAUGCGAAUAAGAUUCGCAACCUUCUCGUUAUAACCAAAGCUGCUGCUGCUAUGCCCGAGACGGAUAGACUUAGACGAUAUCUUGAUGGCAGCAGCAGCGUGGUCUUUGUCCAAAAUGGCAUGUCGAAGCUGUGGCCGCCACAUGGGCAAGAAUACAUGUCCAAACGGUACCCAAACGGUGACGGGCCUAAUGUUUUGGCUUGCGUCACGAACCAUGGCGUCUACUCAGAAGGGCCAUUCAAAAGCGUUCAUGCGUCACCAGCCGACUCUGCUAUUGGACCUGUUUUGCUGAAUGAGAAUACCCGGCAGACCGCACCUAGUGUGGCAUAUCUCACAGAAGCGAUUACAACAGCUCCGGCCCUCAACGGAAGAUCUAUAUCAAGAGCCGACCUCUGGAUCUCACAACUUCAAAAAUUGGUUGUAAAUGCUUCUAUCAAUCCGCUCACUGCCAUUCUCCGUUGUAAAAACGGCGGCCUCUUUGAGAAGCCUGAUGGUGUUAUCGCCCAAGUCUUGGACCGUCUUCUACAAGAAGCCAGUGCUGUG